AUGUCUACAUGCUCUGCUAGUAAAAGAACAAGUUUAUGUGGUCUUGAUAACAUUGCCACUGAUGGUGCAGCAGCCGUAGAUGGCCUUAUACAAAUGUCUGAGCGUUUAAGAGAAUUUGGAUCUGGAUUAAACACCAUAACCAAUUUGACCAAUGAUUUAAAGAAUCUGGAGAUGUAUUUAAAAUCAGAAUAUAAAUUCAGUGUAGGACUGUCGAGUGGAUGCCAAGAUCACUGUUUUAAGUUUGCUCUAAGUCAUCCAACCAAUGUCUUGCUCCAGGAAGAAUGUGAUCAUGCACAUGAGGAACUUUGUAGAAAAUGUAAUCUCAUUGAAGAAAUAAGCAGUGGCUUUUUCGAGGAAGUGCAGAAAGUCAGAUCAUCAGAAAUAGUGGAAGAAUUAUCAGUUAGAUUGGAGAAGGCAAUUGAAAAAAUUUCUUAUUGGAAAGCUCACAUUCUUGGAACCCAGAAUCAGGAAGAAGGAAGAUACAAGAUAUUGGAAGAGCUUCAGCCUCAUCAACUACUCAUUAUCAUGGACUGGGCUAUGAAAUUUCUUCCAGCAAUGUACAGAGAAAAGCAAGCAGAAGAUGGAUCUUUGAAGCACAAGACAUUCACGCAUAUUUUUGGCGCAGUCAAACAAGAUUGGUUUGCUGUCGCAUCAGCUCUGGAGCAUAUCCUUCAGACUUUAAGGGUGCAAAUGCCAGAAGUAGAAGAAGUAUUUCUAAGGAGUGAUAAUGCUGGGUGCUACCACUGUGGGUGCCUGUGGCUAAGUUUACAUGGCAUUAGUGAAAGAACAGGUAAUAUCAAUAUACUACGAUACGACUUUAGUGAAGUCCAAGCAGGCAAAAGGAUGUUUGUUUCAUCAGGAAAAAAUGUGAUAACACCAUUUGACUUGAAGAACGCAAUCAUGGAUGGAAGUGGUGUUGUAGGAUGCCAGUGUGCAGUAGUAGAAGUUGAUAAGAAGAAGCAAACGAUGACAAGUCAUUGCUUCAAAGGCGUCUCUUCUAUCAGCAAUCUUUCUUUUGAAGGAGAAGACAUCAUUGCCUGGCAUAGUUUCAAUGUGGGCAUUGGUGUGAAGAUCAAUCGAGAGGAUGCUUUGAAAACUGAGCAAAGUCAAACAGGACUUGUCAUACUGUCUGACUUUGAAGAAGAGCCACAGACACAGUAUGGAAGUAUCUCCUCUCAGAGAAAAGAAAACUGUCCACAGAUUUUCCACUGUUCCGUAUUAGGCUGUAAUCAGCAUUUUUCCUCCUAUCAGCAUCUUCUAGAACAUAUAGAGUUGGAUCGGCAUGUGCAGGAAAAAAGCUCUACAUUUGAUGAAAUUCGACAUCUUUGGUCGGAGACAUGCCAUUCAAAUCUGUUCAUGUCCAAGCAGAUCUUACAAAUAGGCACUGAUCUUCACUCAGUUGAAGAUUCAAAUUCAUCAAGAAAAAAACUUCCCCAAGGAUGGGCAAUAAAAAAAGCAAGAAAAUUUGCCCGCUUCUCUGCAAAAGUUAAAGAAUUUCUAAUACGAGUGUACCAAGAAGGUGAGAAAUCAGGAAGAAAAGCGCCAAGCAAAUGA